UUUACCUUCCAACUUUUGCGUUCCAAAAGGGUGGCGCCAUACUUCAAGUCUACUAGUUAUUUGGCACAUUCGGGGUUCUUAAUGACGGAGUUCAUUGCUUCGUAGUUUUUAUUUCAUCCGCUUUUAUUCCUUCUUCAAUUGUUUGUAAUUCAAUUCACUGGACGAAUUUAGGAUUUAGGUUUCCAAGAUAGAUUUCAUCAGGGACUUCUCGGGACCGAACGCUGCUCUUACGGGAACCAAGGGUAUUUUGGAGGAUUGAGAACUUUGGACCAGCUUCAUCAAUUUAUUACUUACGGAUGGUUCAUGAGACACGUUCUGGGAAGAAAAAUGAAGCUGACGAGGGUAAUAAUGGGAAAGGAUCAUAUCGUUUUGGCACUGGAAAGAUGAAUCACCUUGGGUUGAGAAAGUCCUCUCAGGAAAUGCCGUCAAGGACAUGGAAGUCUAAAAUACUCGAGAAGCAGCCACCACCUACUCAAAGGAGGUCUGGGAGAUCUGACACACCUAGUCCUUCAAGGAACUCUAGUAGAGUUAAAAGACAUAUUAUAUCCAAUUCUUCAGUAGGAAAUCUCUCAGAGGGAGAGUUGGAUUUAUAUGGCACAAAGAAGAAAGGAGAAAAAUAUAAGAGUGUCAAGAAUUUUAAUAUAAUGAAAUCUGAGAAAGAUGGCACCUCUACUGAUCAUAACAUAUCUAUGAAAAGGAAGAGAAUGGAUGCCCGAAGUUUUAGUUCAUUCUUCAAACAGCAACGAACAAGAGAUGCAAUACCAGCAACUUACGAGGUCUCAAAAAGAUCAAAUAAAUUUCCUAGAGUUGGCAGUGAUGACAAUCUUGUGGAGGACAAAGUGAAUGGGGUUGUUGAUUGCCACCAAGAGGUUAAAAGAAAAUUUGGUGAAGACCAUGCUGCACUAUCUGAUGAAGUAGAAGAUACCCUCUCUUGUUCAGAGGAUUUUAUCAUGGGAGCUUUACAUAGUCAAGACAGGGCAGGAUUGCCACAUGAAAAGGAUAUUUCUAUUUCAGCAGAAGCACCAUCUGCUUGUCUAUCUGAAGCAGAUAAAUUAGAAUCUUCAACAAAUGGGUGCAUAAUCAGUGCAACCUUGGAUGGAACUGAAAAACUGCUAGAGGGAGACUAUGAUAGAGAAACUGAAAAGAUCCCAAAUUUGACAGGGUCUACUACUCCUUUAUGUGAACUUAAUUCAAUCAAUAGAGAGCAAAGCAGAAAAAGGAAUUCCGAUAGCAUCCAAACUAUCUGCAAAUCAGUUUCUGUGACUGCUCAAUCAACGUUUGCCAGCCAUGGAAAGCGUUGCUUUCCUGGGUCCUGUGGUACAUGCAUGAAACAGAAAAGUCAGUCCAUGCAAUUUUGGACGGGAUUUUCACUAUGGGUCAUCCGGAAACAGUCUCUCUGCUUUAGUACAGGGUCAAUGUCACGAUUCACUAAGUGUGGAGCUCUGCAUGUGUCGUGCUCUUCCAAAGGACAUUAGUAAUAAAACUUUAUACAAGGAUAAAGUGAGUGUUGAAGCUACUGCUAAUGGGAAAUCUAAAGGUGCAAACAUUGUUUCUGAGGUGGAUAAUCUAAAAAAUGCUUGUGAUGUGUGCAAGCAAGAUGGAAAAAGCCUGUUAUGUUCUGGUGAAGGUUGUAGGAGAUGUUACCACCUCUCUUGUUUAGGGCCUCCUUUGGAUGAUUUUCCAUCUGGAAUCUGGCAUUGUCUCUGGUGCGUGAAGAAAAAGAUUGAAUUGGGUGUCCAUUCAGUAUCGAAAGGAGUAGAGUCAAUUUGUGAUGCUAGAGAAGUGGAAAUGUCAGGUUCCGAAGGUUCUUCCGGAACCAGAAAACAGAAACAGUAUCUUGUCAAGUAUCAAGGUCUUGCCCAUGCUCACAAUCAGUGGCUACCAGAAGCUCCAUUGCUUAUUGAAGUGCCAUCAAUUCUUGCAGAGUUUAAUCAUAAAAGUCAUGAUGUAACCUGGAAUUCUGAAUGGACAAAGCCUCAGCGUUUACUAAGGAAAAGGUUAUUAUCUUUCUCCAAGCUGCAUGGGGAAAACCAAAAUCUUGAUGUUGGUGAUAACCUAGAAUGCCAAUACGAGUGGCUUGUAAAGUGGAAAGGCCUUGAUAUUGAGGAUGCAACAUGGGAGUUGGAGAAUGCAGAUUCUCUCUGUACUUGUCAUGGUCUUAGCCUCAUUAGAGAAUAUGAGAGUUGUCAAGGAAAACAGAGUGAUAUACCCUCCAAUCAUACUGCAAAUGAUAAUGGACUGGGACCUUCCAAGUUUCUUGAGUAUUGGCUUCCUGUUCAAGUUUCCAAUUUGCAGCUUGAGCAGUAUUGUAAUACGCUUCUCUCAAAUGUCAAUGCCCUGUGCUCUUACACAAAAAGAAGUGAUCCUGUUGGAGUGCUUAAUACAGUUCUUCUCGAUCUUCGAAAGUGUUGUGAUCAUCCGUAUAUUUUUGAUGGAUCUGUGCUACCCCUGAACAAGGGGCUUUCUCCUACUGAGAUUUUGGAUUUUGGAAUAAAAGCAAGUGGAAAGUUGCUUCUUCUUGACAAGAUGCUGUCAGAAAUGAAACACAAACAUCUCAGUGUAGUUAUCUAUUUUCAGGACUCUAUUGGCCCUGUAUCAUCACUUGUUAACAUAUUGGAGGAAUUUCUACGAGGAAGAUUCGGAGAAGAUUCUUAUGAAUGUGUACAUACUUGUCUCCACACAUCGAAGAGGCAAGCAGCUCUCAAUAAGUUCAUGAAGAAGGAAAGUGGACAAUUUGUACUACUAUUGGAGAGUCGUAUUUGCAAUGCAAGUAUUAGAUUAUCAUCAGUACACAGUGUAAUAAUAUACGGUGGCGAUAAUAAUCCACGAAAUGAUUUGAGGCUUAUACAGAAGCUAUCCUUUACGUCACUGUCUGAACCAAUCAGAGUUUUCCGGCUAUAUUCGUGCUAUACGGUGGAAGAGCAAGCACUUGUAAUUGCAAAGCAAGAUCCUAAUGUUGAUAACUUGCUGAGUUUAAACAAGAAUUUGAAAUGUACUCUCAUGUGGGGUGCUUCGUUAUUAUUCAGUAGAUUGGAUGAGUACCAUGCCAGUGUCUGCCAGGCAUCAGCUUCAGAUAUGUCACAUGAACAGUUAUUUAUAAAUGAUGUUAUCAAGGAAUUCUGUACUAUAGUAUCUCCUAACAGAGAAAUGGAUGCCAUGCAUGAGUCAGUGAUCUCCAAAGUACUCAAGAGUUCAGGACCUUGCAUUACAGAUCUUCCAUUAUUUGGUGAGCAGAAAGUUAAGUAUACACACGAAGAAGAGCCACAAGUAUUUUGGAAAAGGCUGUUGGAAGGAAGAUCUCCUCAAUGGAGACAUAUAAGUGGUCCAACCCCGAGGAACAGAAAGAGAGUCAAAUACUUUGAGAGCUCACCACGUACUCCAGAGAUUAGUAGUGAUGAGGCAGGGAAAAAGCGUAGGAAGAUGUUGAAUAGUGGUGUGGAUGCUAUCCCUACUUUGCCUAUACCUGAAGGUGUUCAACUUGCUGCUUCAAAGGAAGGAGUGUCUACAACUAGAUCUUCUAGCAGCCCAUCGCAUGUAGUUGAUGUUGAACAUGUGGAAAGAAAGUCUCUACUUGUUGAGCAGAAGACCCUUCACAUCUUUCUAAAAGAAGCGAUUACCAAAGUCUUUGAAGUGCUAAAACUUUCGAAUAAUGUCAAAUACAUGGUCGGAAGACUCCUAGAUUAUAUUAUGGAGAAUCUCUGUGUUUGCGGGGAACCACCAACUCUACAAGCACUGCAAGUAUCACUGUGUAGGAUGUCUGCAAAACUCUUGAAGAGAAAAGCUGAAGUGAGCAAUAUACUUAAGCUAACAAAAGAGCAUUUGAAAUUUGAAUGCACUGAAGCUGAAGUAGACAAAGUCUAUAUGAAAUUGCGCUCAUCAAAGGAAGCAUUUUUGCGUCACUUGGAAAAGACUGGAUUCGCCUUAAAGCCAUUAAAAGGGAUGGAGAAUGUGGCAACUGAUAUUAUAAAGGAUACGAUAUGCAUAAGAGAAAAUGUUGCACAACAAACCACAGGUUUAAAGGGUAAAGUUGUUGAGAGUGAGAUGGAUAAGAUUAUUAGGCAGGUUCAGUGCAAGUGUGACAUGAGAAUGUCAAGGCUCAAAGAAAAACAACAAGAGGAAAUUGAGAUCUUCCAGAAGGACUGCAAAGACAAGAGGAUGGCUAUUGAGAAAUUUUACAGAAUGCAGUUAAUCAUUACUCGUGCCAUACAUUGUAAUACCAUUAUGGGAAAGAACAAAGUGAAUCAAUUAAAUGAUGAAUUUGCAAGAGAAUUAGCUGAACACAACUGCCUGAAGGACUUGAAAUUGAAUGAAAUUGAAGAGAAGCAUGAAAAGGAAAGGGUUGUGGAAAUGCAAAAGGCUGUUGCUUGGGUUGCUAAAGCUAAACUAUACUGUAUCGAUGGUGUAGCUGCUGAGCUGCAUUCGAGCACUUCUGAUUCCAGAAAUGAUGCUGGUGACCUUCAAUGUAGUGCAGAUUCUGAUACUCAUAUAUCUGAUUCCAAAGAUGUCUCUAGAAACCUUCAAGAUAUUGCUUACAUCGGUAAUAGCAUUAUUCACGUGGAAGAAGCCGAUAAGAACCUUCAAGAUAUUGCAGAUGCAAGAAAGAUAUCUGACUCCAGGGAUAAUGUUGCAAACCUUCAAGAUUGUAUACAUGCCUAUAAAAAUACCACUGAAGUUGCUGCUUCUGGGAAUAUUGUUGGUGACCUUGAAGAUAAUACGUGUGUUGAUAUAAUUAAUCGUCCUUCUAAUGUUUCUCCCAGAGAUGACAUUGGAAACAUUCAAGGCGAUGCUGUUGUCUAUAAUCCGCUAAGUGUUGUUUCUCCGUCUGGUAGUAAUGUACAGGGAAAUGAGCCUAAUAUUGUUUUGAUUGAUGAACCAGAGCACAGCGUGGAACCUUCUAAUGUGUCAACAUUUACCACAUGUGUGGUCCAAAGUAAAGAAUUUGUAACUAAUACAAGUUCUGAAAAGCCAACAGAGACCAUAUCUUCUGCUUUUGAAAAGCUUACUGUAGAUGAAAUUUCAGUUGGUGCACAUAGUGAUAGUGUUUUACAUGACCAUAUAUCUGAAGACACAGUUCAUGUGGUCCCAUUGUUUUCUGAAAAGCUUACUGUUGACAAGAUAACAGUAGGUGUUUCAGUUGGUGCACAUAGUGAAGAUGUUACAAGUGACCAUGCAUCACAUGACACUGUUCAUGUGGUUCAAUUGACUUCCAAAGAGCAUGCUGUCGAUGAUAUUUCAGUAGAUGUAUAUAGUGAAGAGGUUACAAGUGGCCAUCCAUCAGAGUGUACUGAUGAUGUGGUCCAAUUGACUUCCGAAAAGCAUAGUGUUGAUGAAAAUUCAGCAGAUGCGUAUAGUGGAAGUGCUAUAAACUAUCAUUCAUUGGAGGACACUGUGCAUGUGGUCCUAUUGACUUCUGAAAAGCAUACCAUUAAUGAGAUUUCAGUAGGGGCGCAUAGUGAAGAUGUUCUAAUUGACCAUCCAUCAGAGGAUACUGUUCCUAUGAUCCAAUCUACUUCCAAAGAGCAUCCUGUUGAUGAGAUUUCAGUAGGCUUGCAUAGUGAAGGUGUUAUAAGUGACCAUCCAUCAGAGGUCACUGUUCCCAUGUUCACAUUAACCUCUGAAAACCAUGAUGUCAUUGACAUUUCAGUAGGUGUGCAUAGUGAAGACGUUACAAGUGACAAUCCAUCGGUGGACAAUGUUCAUGUCCCAUUGACUUUUGAAAAACAAACUGUUGAUUAUAUUUCAGUAAGUGCACUUAGUGAAGAUGUUAUCUGUGGCCAUCCAUCAGAGGACACUAUCCCUGUGGUUCCAUUGUUCUUUGAAAAGCAAAUUGUUGAUGAGAUUUCAGUAGGUGCGCGUAUAGAAGAUGUUAUACAUGACCAUAAUAAAGAUGCACAUGUUGAAGAUGUUAUACAUGACCAUGUAUUGGAAGAUACUGUUCCUGUGAUCCCAUUGACAAUUCAAAAGCAUACAGCUGGUGAAAUUUCAGUUAGUGUGCAUAGGGAAGAUGUUUUACAUGGUCAAUCGUCAGAAGUGCCUGAUGCAAGUAUAACUACCCGGGGAUUGGCUGUGAAUGGUUGUACACCUAUUAAUAAGACUGAUUUCUUAAAUAAUGAUGGAAACCAGAAUGACACAGCUAAUAAAUCUGGAGAUAAUAACUCAGCAUCCCAAGAGAUUUUAUUUGCCUUGCCCAAUGUACAAACAGGUGCCUUGUCAGAUGAUAGCGAACUAUCACAGCAAGAUCAGGUACCUUGUUAUCAAUCUUGCCAGCCUUUAGCAUCUAUUGAAUCACAAUGCAAUCUUGGCAAUACAUCAGAAUCUGAAGCUGCACCUCCCCUUUUGGAUGCUGGGAGACCAGUUAUGCUGUGGAGUUGUGAAUCCUCACUGUCCGGAAACAGGGAGCCACAGCUACCACCUUCUGGUGGCCUCACUAUUAGAUCUGAUCAACUUUCUCUCAAUCGGGAAAACAAGGAUUCACAUUGCUUUGAGCCUUCUUCUAAUGUGACGCUUCAUCAGAGUCAAACAAAUUUAGAAGCGAAUAACACAAGAUGGGACACUAAUAGAUCUGAUCAACUUCCAAGUAGGGAACGACACUGCACACCUCAGAUCACUAUUCCCCCCCGUGAAGCGAGGGUCAUUAAUAGAUCUGAGCAACUUCCUCUCAAUAGAGAAAACAAUGAUUCACAUUGCUCCGAGCCUUCUUCUAAUGUGACACUUCAUCAGAGUCAAACAGAUUUACAAGUGAAUAGAACAAGAUCCCAGCCAGGUGGUGAACGACGCAGCAUACCUCAGAUUACUAUUCCCCCCCGUGAAGCGAGGGUCACAAGAGAUCUUCCUAACCAAGAAAAUGUGCAACCUUCUAAUAUGACCUCUAUUCCGGGACCUAAUAACGUCCGAAUGACUCAUCUUCCCCAUUUUUUGACUCCAGCAAACCCCCCAGGCGGUGUUCCAUUUAAUCCUCUUUCCAAGGAAUUGGAAAGGUUACGUAAUGAAAUAGAAGUAGCCGUGAAGUCCCAUGAAGACUGGAAAGUGCAGCAGAGAUCUGAGUAUGAGAAUGAAAUAAAGGAAGUGGUUGCACAAAUUUGUAAAAAAUAUGAGGCAAAAAUAAUGGACGGUGAAACAGCUCUGUUAAAGAGGAAAAGUGAACUAGAAUCAAAUCAAAGCAAAGUUCUUGGGCACAAGAUAUUGGCUGAAGCUUACAGAUCGAAGUGUUUGGAACCCAGGUGGUCUGCGGCGCUUCCCCAAAUGCAGCAAGUUAGAAGUGAAAAUACUAUUUCUUCACCUGCAGCUGGACAUCCUGGUUAUGUACAUCAUGUACCAAUGCUGCCCCCAUUGAGAACUCCUCCUGCAUUUUCUCCACAUUCACUCCAUACUCCUAGUCCAACAGUUUCUUCUCUUAGGCCACCACCCGGGUUUUCUUCUUCAGCUGGCCAGCACUCGAUAGGUAACCACCAUCAUGCUUCUUCCACCCCGCAUCCGUCCAGGACAUAUCAUACUAACCCCUCACCCACCUCCAGAUCCACCCCCUCCAUUAAUAUUUCAUUUUCUUCUGGCCCACUAUCUGCAGUUCCCAACCAAUCGCCAUUUGUUGGUGACGUAUCCCCUGCCCCUGGAAGUAUUCGUACCCCGGCCCAUCUUCAAUUGUUCAGACCUAUAUCCCUCCCAAGUGCUGCUCCGUCUGUACCAUCCCUCCCCCAGGUGCCACCUCAGCCGCCACAGGCAGUGUCUUCUCAACCACCUCAAAUGACGGGACCCACCCCCCCACAUCCACAACUGGCAGCUGUACAUAUGAACACGGAAGCCAAUAGUACUGUCUUGCCUAAUAACACUUCACUGCCCCCUUUACCGGAAAAUGGUACCGCAUUUGAUUUGGUAGACCUAUCUGAGCCAACAACGGGUACCUCUGCACCUCAAGUGAAAGCGGUUGCUGAUGUGGUCUGUCUCUCUGAUGAAGAUUGACAUACUCAUUUGGAAUAUCAAGCCUGUCCCUCUAAGGGCAUUGUAAUGUCUCUCAGGGGUAGAAUUUUUGCUGAUGACAUGAAAUGUAAAAAUCUCUCCACGAUUCCAUAUAUGUAUGGAGAUUUUUGUUUUGUUUUACAUCUUGUUUGGCUGCGCUAGGAGGAAUCCUCAAUGUGUACAGUAAAAUAGAUUCAUUAUGCAUUCCCAGUGACGGGCUAUUGUCAUUUUGUGUUCUUGGAGUAUGUAUGCAAGUAAGAAGCGUUCCUUUCCUCUAGUGUUAAACUAACACAAAGCUUUGAGCUGCUCACUUUUAAAAUUGAAACCUCGAUAUCAAAUCUUGAUAUGACAUUAGAGUCAAGAUCGCUG